CUUUCAACCUUAGGUACCUUAGGUACCUUAAGGUAGGUUACUUGCCUAAUGUAUAGUCAACACCACUGUCGCCACACACAUGUUAAACGACCGGAUAGCCAGAUUUCACUUUACAAGUGUGAACAGUCUUUAUCUAUGAAUCUCAUAUCGCAAGACUAGCGGUUUAAAAGUCCUACACCAUCACACAUAACUAUACGAGUUCAUAUUAACCGGUUUCUUCCGGUCCCUCACGGGUGUACGGAUUUAAUGGGCUAAGCUAGAGUUACCUGAAUGGGAAAGGCAAGGGAUAGAAAGCCUGUCACGCAAAGUCGUGAUGCUAGGCCAAUGUUUUUGUCACUAACAAGGGUGUCUUGCUAACAGCGACAAGACUAGACAGUACCCUUGGGAAACUUUCAUUCAUUCGUUAUCUUGGGCAUCUGCUUAUAUUUAAACCCAUGUUGCCUGGUGUUCUUUUUAUACCUAACCUAUGGAACCGAACUUCUAUCAGUAGAUAAACCGACUAGUAAAAUCCUCCCAGCAGAUCUGUCCAUUAUCAGCAAACACCAACGACAGUAACAGUGAAUAUGGAAACCCAACCCCGAAGUCAACCCGCCAAGCUGCGGGUAGCUGUAAUCGGCGCUGGAAUUGCGGGAUGCUGUCUGACUAUCGGGCUCUCCAGCAACCCGUUACUUGACGUACAUCUCUACGAGGCCUACCCGGACGUCGGCGUUCGCGGCGCAGGCGUCGCCCUUCACGGAAAUGCCAUAAAUGCCAUGAACUUGAUCUCGCCGGAGAUUAAGAAAGCCUACUUCAAGAAGUCUCAUUUCAUGGCGAACGAGGAAGACAGAGAGAUGGCAACCCAGAUCAUCAUCGGAAGCGGGCCGAACGCCGGAACCCUCGUGGCAGAACUGGGUAAAGCAAGAGGACGAAGGACUAUUCACAGGGCACACUUUAUCCAGGGGCUUCUCGAGGACGUCAUCCCUGAACACCGGGUACAUUUCUCGAAGCGUGUGGUUAGCCUCGAGGAGCGUGGGGAUACGAGCACCAGUAAAUCCAAGGUCGCUGUUACCUUCACCGACAGCACGAUGGAAGAAUUUGACUUGGUGUUUGGCACCGAAGGUAUCAAGAGCACCGCUAGAAGAUUCAUCUUGGGCCCCAACGACCCUGCGGUGGAAGCAGUCAAUCAUGAUGCCUGGCGCUGCUUCAACAUCCAUGUCCCGAUGGCGGAAGCAAUGGAGGUGGUUCCUAGGGAGUCGAUUGAGGAGGUCCGCAUGUUCUGCACGCCUAUCGGGUACAUCAACGGCCUCCCCGUAGAUCUAGGAGCGACAUAUAGCAUCUCCUGUUACCAGAGGGAUAGCAAACGACCCAACCGUGAAGGCUCUGGUUUCGAUGCAGACGAAUGGAAACGCUUCUGUCCUGAAGUUACCUCGUUGGUAUCUCUUCUCGAGAGAAACCCGAAGGAAGAUUGGAAGAUACAGGACCACGACCACGCAUCGGCCUAUUACCGGGGCCACGUCGCUAUAGCGGGCGACGCAGCGCAUGCCACAUAUCCUCACGCGGGCAACGGUGCUGCCCAAGCGAUCGAGGAUGCGGCGGUUCUCACCGGGAUCUUCGCCGAGGUCAAGUCGAAAGAUGACAUCGGCGCGGCCUUGGUGGCUUUCGACCAGGUUCGCAGACCACGGAGCCAGAAAAUUGUAGAUAUCACGAGGGAAUUUGGAAGAAUGUACAGCUUGAACGAGGAAGAGAGAGAUAUUCAGAGCAUGAAGACCCAGAUGGGAGAGGGAGGCAGAUACAUGAAUGGGGUGGAUAUGAAUGCUCAAGUGAAAGAUGCGGUUCUCAAGUUUAAGGAAGCGGUUUAAUAAGUUGGAAAUUUAGUUUAUCUACCUCUUGGUGUAUAAAUGUAUCUUUAUUUAGGAAACAUGAUUAUAAUUUUAUAAAAAUAAAGAAAAGAAAAGGAGAAGGUACUUUGGUACUUGCUUUAGUAAGUUCAAGUACCUAACUCCGUACUUCGGUACCUCCUGCUCCGCUCUCGGAAGAGGUACAUAGGAAAAGGUACUAGGUUAGGUACCUGGUUAGGUACUAUGACGCAUCGCUUUUUAGCAAGAGGUACUAUGUACUUUGAAUACAUGGAAAACCCCACCAUCAAUUCAUAAUUUUUAAAAU